AUGCUCAAACUUUUCAACCGCGGCAGGGAUAGCCCCGCCGACUCGUCACCGCCCUCCGCCGCGGUCGCCACGCCGUCCUCGUCGGCGGCUCCGGUCACCGGCCCUGCCAGGCCCAUUCGGCUAGUCUACUGCGAUGAGAAGGGGAAGUUCCGCAUGGAUCCAGAAGCCGUCGCGACGCUCCAACUCGUUAAGGAGCCCAUCGGCGUCGUCUCCGUCUGUGGCCGCGCGCGGCAGGGCAAGAGUUUUAUCUUGAAUCAGCUAUUAGGAAAGAGUAGUGGAUUUCAAGUAGCAUCAACACAUAGGCCUUGUACCAAAGGACUUUGGUUGUGGAGUACACCUUUGAAGAGGACUGCUCUUGAUGGAACAGAGUACAAUCUCCUGCUAUUAGACAGUGAAGGAAUAGAUGCUUAUGAUCAAACGGGAACAUACAGCACCCAGAUAUUUUCACUGGCAGUUCUUUUGUCUAGCAUGUUCAUUUAUAACCAGAUGGGUGGUAUUGAUGAGGCUGCCCUGGAUCGUCUUUCUCUCGUCACCCAAAUGACAAAGCACAUUCGUGUAAGAGCAUCUGGAGGAAAGACUUCUGCAUCUGAGCUAGGACAGUUUUCCCCAAUUUUUGUUUGGCUCUUAAGGGACUUUUAUUUGGACCUAACAGAAGAUAACAGAAAAAUAACUCCCCGUGAUUAUCUGGAACUUGCCUUGAGGCCUGUUGAAGGGAGUGGAAAAGAUAUAGCGGCUAAAAAUGAGAUUCGAGAUUCCAUUCGGGCUUUAUUCCCAGACAGGGAAUGCUUCACUCUUGUGCGACCUUUGAACAAUGAAAAUGAUCUACAGCGACUGGAUCAGAUAUCACUUGGAAAAUUAAGGCCUGAAUUUCGAGCUGGCCUUGAUGCUUUGACAAAGUUUGUUUUUGAGAGAACAAGGCCAAAACAAGUUGGGGCAACUAUGAUGACUGGACCUGUCUUGGUUGGUAUAACUGAAUCUUAUCUUGAUGCGCUAAACCAUGGUGCUGUGCCUACUAUUUCUUCCUCCUGGCAGAGUGUUGAAGAGGCUGAGUGUCGUCGGGCAUAUGACUCUGCCACUGAUGUUUAUAUGGCUUCUUUUGAGCGCUCAACACCCCCUGAGGAAGUUGCUUUGAGGGAAGCGCAUGAACAAGCAGUUCAGAAGUCACUGGCUACUUUUAAUGCCAGUGCUGUAGGAGUUGGUUCUGCCAGGAAGAAAUAUGAGGGCCUUCUUCUGAAAUUCUUCAAAAAGGCAUUUGAGGAUUAUAAGAGGAACGCAUUCAUGGAGGCAGACCUGCAGUGCUCAAAUGCAAUACAGUCUAUGGAAAAGAGGCUGAGGGCAGCCUGUAAUGCCUCUGAUGCAAAGAUUGAUAAUGUUGCUAAGGUUCUUGAUGCUCUUAUAUCUGAAUAUGAAAAAACUGUUCAAGGUCCAGGGAAGUGGCAAAAACUUGCUGUCUUCUUGCAACAAAGUUUUGAAGGCCCCAUGGUUGACCUUAUCAAGAGGCUAAUAGCUAAAGUUGAAUCAGAAAAGAGUUCUCAUGCUUUACAAUGCCGGUUGAUUGAAGAUAAGAUGGCCCUUAUGACUAAACGGCUGGAAGCCAGUGAAGGUGAAAAAUCCGACUACAUUAAGCGAUAUGAGGAUGCCAUCAAAGAUAAGAAGAAAUUAACUGAUGAAUAUAUGAAUCGCAUGACUGAUCUGCAAGCUAAUCGUCGCUCACUGGAUGAGAGGUACUCUAAUUUAUUGAAAACACUAGAUUCUACCAAGCAGGAAUCCAUGGAUUGGAAAAGAAAAUAUGAGCAAGUCUUAACGAGGCAAAAAGCUGAAGAAGAUCAAGCUAGUUCUGAAAUAGCAGCCCUCAAGUCCAGGAGUGGUGCUGCUGAAGCAAGGUUGGCAGCAGCAAAGGAACAAGCUCAGUCUGCUCAAGAAGAGGCAGAGGAGUGGAAGCGAAAGUAUGAUAUUGCCAUUAGAGAAGCAAAAUCUGCUCUAGAGAAAGCAUCUAUUGUGCAGGAGCGCACAAACAAGCAGACACAGUUGAGGGAAGAUGCUUUAAGAGAAGAAUUUUCUGGAACUUUGGCUGAAAAAGAAGAUGAAAUAAAAGAGAAAACCGCAAAAAUUGAGCAUGCUGAGAAGUGUUUAACAACCCUGAAUUUGGAGUUGAAGGCUGCUGAAUCAAAGAUAAGAAGUUAUGAUACCGAAAUAUCAUCACUGAGGAUUGAAAUUAAAGAGUUGACUGAGAAAUUGAAAAUUGAAAAUGCUAAGGCCCAAUCUUAUGAGAGGGAAGCAAUGGUAUUUCAGCAGGAGAAGAACCAUCUAGAACAGAAGUAUCGGACUGAGUUCAGAAGAUUUGACGAGGUCCAGGAAAGGUGUAAAACUGCGGAAAAAGAAGCUGCCAGGGCUACUGAAGUGGCUGAUAAAGCACGGGCUGAAGCAGGCAUGGCUCAGAAGGAGAAGAGUGAGAUGCAGAGACUGGCAAUGGAAAGACUGGCACAGAUUGAGAGGGCUGAGAGGAGAAUUGAAAGUUUGGGAAGAGAGAAAGAUAAUCUGGAAGCUGAAUUACAGAGAAUAAGGGAUUCAGAGAAAGAUGCCCUUACCAGAGCUGUUAAACUAGAGGAAAAGGUUCAACAGAGAGAGAAAGAUUUAGAAGCCCUUUUGGAUAAGGACAAAACACACAGGCGAAAUAGUGCACAAAUUCUAGAACAACUUCUGGAAACAGAACGUGAAGCACAUGCACAGGCUAAUAAUCGGGCUGAGGCUCUCUCUCUGCAGUUACAAUCUGCACAAGCCAAAAUUGAUUCUCUCCAUCAAGAGCUGACUAAAUUUCGACUGAAUGAAACUGCAUUUGAUGGUAAGCUAAACACAGCUUCCCAUGGCAAACGAAUGAGGGUGGAUGACAACCUUGGUGAUGACAUGGAUGUAAGUCCAAGAAUAGUAAAGGCAACCAAGAGAACUAGGACUACAUCUAGUCCUCUUAAGUACACACAACCAGAAGAUGGUGGUUCCAUCUUUGAGGGUGCCGAAGAAACUCUGAGUCAGCGAACGAGUGAGGAGGAUUAUAGAAAGUUUACCAUACAGAAGCUUAAACAAGAGCUUACAAAGCACAACUUUGGUGAUCAGCUGCUUCGGUUGAAGAAUCCCAACAAGAAAGAUAUCAUUGCUUUGUAUGAGAAAUGUGUUCUUCAGAAGUCAUAG